AUGGACUGUCCAGCGGUCCAAGGAGAAGAUCGCGAAGCUGCCAUUUCACUCACUGAUGCACUCGAGGAGGAAGCUCGCGAGGCGGCGCCGAAGCCAAAGAACAAACCCUUCGAGUCCCAGCCGGUCCCGGUGUCGAAGAAGCAGGCCGAAGGGGCCAACAAAGUGCGCCCUUCGAGACUUGCAGCAGGUUCCCUUCCUUCGCAGUCGCACUACAAGGAGCCGACAACGACAAGUAACGCUCCGGAGAAGGUAGAGUUUUGCAACAUCGCAGGGGUUCCCAACCCGAGCUUUACCGCUCAGCUGCAGAAAGGAUUGGAAGGGCUAGGCCUGACAGUGCGGCUAUAUCCUCACAUCCGAACCGGCGUGCUGGCAGUGGUUGAUGUUCACCCGCAGGGCUCCGUGGCCAAGUACAACUCGCAACAGCGUGCGUCUGGCUGUUCUAUGUUAAUUCGUCCAAGGAUGCUGAUCACUGAAGUGAAUGGCAUCCAGGGAAACACCGAGGACAUGCUCGAGGCUCUUUGCCGAAGCUUCUCGCUACAACUGCGAUUGUGUGCAGCGCAUGUUUCAGAGCUGGCCGAGCAGAAGCAUACAUCUCCAAAGGAGAUUGUGUCCAUGAUGAAUGCGAUCCGAGCUGUCAGAGUUUUGCGGAGCUCUUCGUGCACACAGAUGGGGCCUGAGUGUUGGAUCGAGGAUAAAAGCGGUUCUGGGCAAAAGCUACAUUGA